CCCGCGCGGUAUUCCCCUGAUGUGACUUUCCCACCCGUCUCGCUCUGGAAUGAUGGGGAUCUUUUGGGCUUCUGUUGGAUUCCUUGUGUUGUCGGUGUUAUACAUCCAGCAAGGACUUUCUUCUCAAGCCAAAUUUACUGAGUUCCCUCGAAAUGUCACAGCGACUGAGGGGCAAAAUGUGGAGAUGUCUUGUGCAUUCCAGAGUGGCUCUACCUCUGUGUAUCUGGAAAUCCAGUGGUGGUUUCUACGAACAGCUGAGGACCAAGAACCUGGAGCUGAGGUGACAGGCACUCAGGUAGAACUCUUACCAGAGAGAGAUUUGGACAAUGAUGGCACAAAAAUAAGCACAGUGAAAGUCCAGGGGAAUGACAUCUCCCACAAGCUGCAGAUCUCCAAAGUCAGGAAAAAGGAUGAGGGGUUGUAUGAAUGCAGGGUGACCGAUGCCAAUUAUGGAGACCUUCAGGAGUACAAAGCCCAGGCCUAUCUCAAAGUCAGUGCCAACAGCCACUCCCGGCGGAUGCAGGCCUUUGAAGCAUCGCCAAUGUGGCUGCAGGAUAAGCCACGCAAGAACGUCUCCGCAGCCAUGCCCAGCAGCAUACAGAACUCGGCCAGCCAGCGCAUGCGACCCACGGCUGGCCCUCCCGCAGAGACCAAAAUAGCCAAACAAAGCCCACAAUCAGGUGCGAGGAUAGCUACAAGCCAUGGACUUUCUGUCCUGCUUCUUGUUUGUGGCUUUGUGAAGGAUGCUUUGCUUUAAUCUAAAAAGUGCUGACUUUUUCCAAUAUCACUUUCUCUUCUUAAAGCAAAGAGCAAAUCGCCUGUAAAACCUACGGAGCGGACUGCAAAGUUGACCCUCACUUCCAACCACCACCCUGCACCCAAUGUCCUCUAAUUCUCUACACAAAAGAAGCACCUUCGCCAGGACAUACAUAAAAACAUACAAUAAAAACAAAACAUUAAACACAUUUUUAAAAAAGGAGAGAAGAGGCAAGCCAGUCUUCUUCAUUUGUGACUUUCUUUGGAACGUAAUCACUAGCCUUUUUCUGGGAGGGGAACUCGCAUGGUGUAUCCGAAUGCUGCUCGACGGGAUGGUGCUUUUAUUUUCUCUUUUCUUUUGAUCAACAAAGGGAAGCACCAGAUCUCCUUGACUGUUCAGAGGUUGGCUGCUGCCUUUGCCAUUAUCAAAACUGGAUGCUUUCUUUUGUAUUUGGAAAAUUACUGCUCUGAGCAGAAGGCAAGGAGGGCCGAAAGUCCUCUCAAAACUCCAACUGUAAACUUGUCCACCAUACAAGAUGUACCACACUGGCCUCGCCUCCAUUGCAAUGGAUGGAAAUGCAGUUGUGUGCGUUUGGAAAGUUGCCCCAGCCCUACUUAGAUGGCAAAUCUCUCAAGAAUUCAAAACUCAUAAUCAUGCACAAGAACUAUAUUUCUGAAGGACAAGCAAGAAAGUGUUGAAGUCUCUCUUGGAGGUUCUUCUCUGCUUUGAUUUUUCCGUCCUGGUUUGGUUUUUAUACUUUUGUUCCUGUUUGAGAGUGGCAGUUGCUGGCCUUGGCUUAACCCUGUGGAGCACUUGAAGGUUUCUAUAAAUACAUCUUUUCUUUGUGUGUGUUCUCUAUUUCAGUGUGUUUUCUCUAUUUUUUUGCAACUCCUGUAUAUGCAAAUCUAACUUCAAUUCUGUAAAUUGCUUAUGGUACAUGCGUUAUAACUUUGGAGCAGACAUUCUGUGGUCCAUCCCGCAAGCCAGUUUUGAAUAUUAUCUCAGUGUGGUGCCACCAAACUGACAUCUCUGUUCCCUUUUCGGCAGAAGUAUUCAUUUUAAUUUGUAAUUCAGUAAAGUGUGGGAUUUUGUAAUUCAUGCAUUCACUUUCUGCUGGUCUGAGCCAUUGCAGAUGGCAACCCAGCCCUCUGUUUACUCUGUAAAAAUACACAUUAAAAUUUGUUAUGGUC